UUGAAGGAGCAGAGGAUUGGAUCCCGCCGGAAACGAGAAAGGCGCGAGUUUCAUUUCUGAUAGAGAGUGGCACCGAGGAAAAGUUUGGAGUUUGGGGUGAGACAGCAUUGAUAUAGAAAUGCAGGAUUUGAAUGAUGAGCACCAGUACUUGCAGCAUGUCAAAUAUAUUCUAGAAAGAGGUGUACACAAAGAAGACCGGACUGGCACUGGCACUCUCUCAGUCUUUGGUCUGCAGGCGAGAUACAGUCUGAGGGAUACUUUUCCCCUCCUUACCACUAAACGAGUAUUCUGGAAAGGAAUUCUACAAGAGCUGUUGUGGUUCAUCAAAGGUUCUACCAAUUCCAGCGAGUUGUCCUCAAAAGGAGUUAAAAUAUGGGAUGCCAACGGAUCUCGGGAAUUUUUAGACAAACAAGGAUUCACAUCCCGAGAGGAAUGUGAUUUGGGUCCAAUUUAUGGCUUCCAGUGGAGGCACUUUGGGGCUAAAUAUAAGGACAUGCAUACAGAUUACACUGGACAAGGAGUUGAUCAGCUUCAGAAUGUAAUUGAUACUAUCAAAAAUAAUCCAGAGGAUCGUAGGAUCAUAAUCUGUGCAUGGAACCCUAAAGACCUUCCAGAAAUGGCGCUACCUCCUUGCCAUGCUCUUUGCCAGUUCUAUGUGGCCAAUGGAGAGCUGUCCAGUCAGCUGUAUCAGAGAUCAGGGGAUAUGGGUCUUGGUGUUCCAUUCAAUAUUGCCAGCUAUGCAUUACUUACAUGUAUGAUUGCGCACAUCACUGGAUUAAAGCCUGGUGAUUUUGUACAUACAUUAGGUGAUGCUCAUGUUUACAAGAACCACAUUGAGGCAUUAAAGAUUCAGCUUUCACGUGAACCCAGACCUUUCCCAAAACUGAAGAUAUUACGCAAGGUGGAAAAUAUUGAUGACUUCCAUGCAGAAGAUUUUAAAUUAGAGGAUUACAACCCACAUCCUGCUAUCAAAAUGGAGAUGUCUUUGUAAUACAAAAGAUCAUUGGUGAUGGAGGACAGUGGGGAAGAGAACAUUAUACUGUUAGUUCUUACUAAUAAAUUAUAAUAAAAGUUUAGCUUGUUCCUUUGAUCUUGUGAGGAGAGCUGCAAGUCUGUAGAAUAAUGGCAUUUGGCCUGUUCUGCUUUUGCCAAUUCCAUUCCUUUCAUUGCUUAACAGGUCCCACAUACCCUUCUCCACACGUCUAAUCUGCUAAUGGAAAAUUCACUUGCUUCAACUAAUACAUUUCUCAUUCUAAUCAUGAAAGUUUAUUUUCGGUGUUUUUUUUUUGCUAGUCUUUUAAAUAUAUCAAUCUUGAUUUGUAGCAUUGCAAACAGUUUCUCUUCAUUUGCUCUUGCAUUACUCUGAAUCUUCGUUUCUUCAUAUGUCUGCUUUUUGAGCAACUCCAGCUUUUCCCUAUAAGGCAAAGCAUUUCAAACUGGAUUAAUAGUGUCUGAAUCCUUUAAGUGGUCACAUUCUUCCAAAAAGCUGAGUAGAAAUAGUGUUUAAGGACUGGUUGUGAACUAGUGUGUGCAGUACAAAAAGUUCAAUAAACUUGUAUGAACCUCUUCAAAUAUUUGUAUUUUAAAAUCAUAUAUACACCUAGGUUUUUUUCAUUACUCUUUUGGAACUGUAUAUUCUAUCCUUAGAAACCUUAAUACAAAUGUUUGUA